GCGAACGGGUCGACAUUUUGAUAGCUCAUACGCGCUGUUCCGAUUAUAUUUUGGUCUUACUACACAUUGACAUUAUUACUAGUUACCAUGGCGUAUUCAUCAGCAGGAAGGAUUCCAAAAGGAGACCAAUUAACUCUUGUUCUUGUAGGCCGAACAGGUUCCGGUAAAAGUGCAACUGGAAACACCAUAUUAGGUAAACCACAUUUCAUGUCGGUGCGCUCGAUGUCAUCAAAAACAAGAAGCAUAGCAUGGGGUCGACGUGAACAAGGAAGAAAACUUGUGGUAAUCGACACACCUGGAUUCUUCGACACCAGUGUUGAACUGACCAAUGAAGAUAUGGCUAAAGAAAUUGCAAAAUGUGUUGGCAUUGCAAUGACACAGGGCAAUGGUCUAGACGCUAUUAUAUUGACACUGAAUGCCGAUGAACGACUAACCGAAGAACACAUCAAGAGUAUAAAGUUACUACGUGCUUUAUUCGGUGACGACAUGAUGAAAUAUGUUACAAUACUGUUUACACGGAAGGAUCAACUUGAUCUCGAUAAAGUCAGUUUAGCCGAUUUCUUGGAGGAGGUUCCCUCGUAUAUGAAACAUCUGCUAAUAGACUGCAAUAACAGGGUGCUAGCUUUCGACAACAGAACCAAUGACGCAAAUGUCAAGGAGCAACAGACUGCCGAGCUUGUGCGAUUGGUCGACAAAACCAGAGCUUCCAACGGAAAUAAACCGUUUACAAAUGAUAUUACGAGACGCGUGAAGGAAGCCGUUGAAGAUGAUAGACUGUGCAGGUAUACUGGCAUGGUAGGGGCUGACAGACAAGCAGAUGAUAUCGCAUCGGGGAAUAACAGUGAAGUCAUCGACAAAAUACUAGAAUUUCUUACUGCACUAAUACCCGUGGCGUUAACAGUGGCACAGUUAUUUAUGCAAUCCAGGAAAUGA